AUGGAGUCCAUCUUCCAUGAAAAACAAGAAGGCUCACUUUGUGCUCAACAUUGCUUGAAUAACCUACUGCAAGGAGAAUACUUCAUCCCUGUGGAAUUAUCUUCAAUUGCACAUCAGCUAGAUGAGGAAGAGAGGAUGAGAAUGGCAGAAGGAGGAGUUACUAGUGAAGACUAUCGCACAUUUUUGCAGCAGCCUUCUGGAAAUAUGGAUGACAGUGGCUUUUCCUCUAUUCAAGUUAUAAGCAAUGCCUUGAAAGUUUGGGGUUUAGAACUAAUCCUGUUUAACAGUCCAGAGUACCAGAGGCUCAGGAUUAAUCCCAUAAAUGAAAGAUCAUUUAUAUGCAACUAUAAAGAACACUGGUUUACAGUUAGAAAAUUAGGAAAACAGUGGUUCAACUUGAAUUCUUUUUUGACGGGUCCAGAAUUAAUAUAAGACACAUACCUUGCACUUUUCUUGGCUCAGUUACAACAGGAAGGUUACUCUAUAUUUGUUGUUAAGGGUGAUCUGCCAGAUUGCAAAGCUAACCAACUUCUACAGAUGAUCAGGGUUCAACAGAUGCAUCAACCAAAACUUAUUGGAGAAGAAUUAGCACAACUUAAAGAACAGAGAGUCCAGAAAACAGAUCUAGAACGCGUCUUAGAAGUAAAUGAUGGGACAGGAAUGUUAGACGAAGAUGAGGAGGAAUUGCAGAGGGCUCUGGCACUAAGUCGCCUAGAAACUGACAUGGAAGAUGAAGAAGCCGAUCUCCGCAGGGCCAUUCAGCUCAGUAUGCAAGGUACUUCCAGAAAUAAAUAUCAAGAUAUCCCACAGACAUCAGGUUCACAUCCUACUUCAGAAGAGCUACGGAAGAGAAGAGAAGCCUACUUUGAAAAGUAA